AUGUGCGAAAUCAACAUUCGUAGACUUGAAAACCCCACUGGGGACGACAUCGACGCCAUUGCGAAGAUCCUAGCCACAGCUUUUGCCGACGAUGUCUUCACACUUGUUUGCGGUGGAGAUGCGUCGAAGAUCUACGACUUCGAGCGUGCGACCGUUGCCGCAGUUGCGCUUGCUGGAGAGAUAUGGGUAGCCAGUUACGGGGAUCAAGACUUCGCAUCAGUUGCUCUUUGGAUUCGUCCAGACAGAGACUUGCUCGAUAGUCCCGAUCAGCACGAAGCUGGCUUUGGUCAGCUGUUCAGUUCUUUCAAGACUGAGCUGUCGCAGUGGUGGAUGACCAUGUUUCUGCCUCGCUACGGCGAGAUGAACACCGAGGCGUUGGGUGCAAGGACGAAGGUUGAAAACUGGAACCUUCAGAUGGUCGCUACUCUGCCUGACCUUCAGCGUCGCGGACUCGCAAGUACUCUGAUGAAGGUUGUCGAAGACAAAGCAAAAGCAGAGAAUAAGUUGAUCACGUUGGAAGUGGCGGAGGAGAGUAAUUUAGCCUUUUACAGACAUUUGGGCUGGAAGGUGGUAUAUGGCCCCGAGCAUUUCGACGCUAUAGAAGGUCUGUCAUUCCCGAUGUGGAUUAUGACUUCGUAG